CCGGGACGCGAGGAGGGUGCUUUGCGAGGCUCCGGCCUCAGGGCUGCUACUAUCCUCCGGAGCCUGGGGCUGCAGUGCUCAGGGUCCGGGUCCCUGAUCCUGCGCCCCUCUGGCCAGAGAUCGCUCUCUUUCUCCGCCCGGGAGAAGACACUGUGCUUCACCAGCCACCCCAGGCUAGAGCCCCUCCGGGCCAUGGAGAGGGGCCCGUGAGGGGACGCGCGGAGGCGGAGGAAGAGGCUCGGGAGGAGGGGAGGAGGAGGAGGAGGAUGCCUCCGCCACCGCCACCCGCAGGCUCUCAAUGAGCCUGACUCUAGACCAAGGAUGGAGCCGGCGCUGGGCGCUGCAGGGGCUUCCAGCGUGCCCGCCACCAGGUAGCUGCUGUGUGUGCCGCACAUGGUUGAAAGAAGACCCUUGUCUCCAGCUAUCCCUACAGAGCUACCUUCUCCACCUGAAGGCCUGGAUGACCCGCCUCCAUCGCAGGACCAGUUGAAUUCUGAAAGCUGCUGGCCACAGGCCUGAGGUGCAGAUCACUGCACUUCCUGGACAGGCUGGAUUUGAGACACUGGCAGCCGAGUCUUCACUGGGCAGCAGUCCUUUUCCGACCCUGUGCCGUGGAGCAGCAGCCCCAUGACGGUGCCCAGCCAUGCAAUGUUCCUGGAAGGCUGUCCUCCUCCUUGCCCUGGCCUCCAUUGCCAUCCAGUACACAGCCAUACGCACGUUCACUGCCAAGUCUUUCCACACUUGCCCUGGACUGGCAGACACUGGACUGGCAGAGCGGCUGUGUGAGGAGGGCCCCACCUUCUCCUAUAACCUCUCCAGGAAGACUCACGUCCUCAUCCUGGCCACCACACGCAGUGGCUCAUCCUUUGUGGGCCAGCUCUUCAACCAGCACAUGGAUGUCUUCUACCUGUUUGAGCCUCUCUACCACGUCCAGAACACUCUCAUUCCCCGCUUCACCCAGGGCAAGAGCCCCGCAGAUCGUAGGGUCAUGCUUGGGGCCAGCCGGGACCUGCUGAGAAGCCUUUAUGACUGUGAUCUCUACUUUCUAGAGAAUUAUAUCAAGCCGCCUCCGGUCAACCACACCACUGACAGGGUGUUCCGCCGAGGAGCCAGCAGGGUCCUUUGCUCCCGUCCAGUGUGCGACCCUCCAGGGUCCCCUGAUCUGGUCUUGGAGGAGGGGGAUUGUGUGCGCAAGUGCGGCCUGCUGAACCUGACCUUGGCAGCCGAAGCUUGUCGUGAGCGCAGCCACGUGGCCAUCAAGACUGUACGGGUGCCUGAGGUGAAUGACCUUCGAGCCCUGGUGGAAGACCCUAGGCUGAACCUCAAGGUCAUCCAGCUGGUACGAGACCCUCGUGGCAUCUUAGCUUCCCGGAGUGAGACCUUUCGGGACACCUACCGACUCUGGCGGCUUUGGUAUGGCACAGGAAGGAAACCCUACAACCUGGAUGUGACACAGCUCACCACAGUGUGUGAGGAUUUCUCCAGCUCCGUGUCCACCGGCCUGAUGCGGCCCUCCUGGCUCAAGGGCAAGUACAUGCUAGUGCGCUAUGAGGAUCUGGCCAGAAACCCCAUGAAGAAGACAGAGGAGAUCUACGAAUUCCUGGGUAUCCCGCUGGACGGUCACGUGGCGCGCUGGAUCCAGAACAAUACACGGGGCGACCCCACUUUGGGCAAGCACAAGUAUGGCACAGUGCGCAACUCUGCGGCCACGGCUGAGAAGUGGCGCUUCCGCCUCUCCUAUGACAUUGUGGCCUUCGCUCAGAAUGCCUGCCAGCAGGUGCUGGCCCAGCUGGGCUACAAAAUGGCCAACUCCGAGGAAGAGCUGAAGAACCCGGCCAUCAGCCUAGUGGAGGAGCGCGAUUUCCGACCAUUCUUGUGACCCACGUGCGGUGGGGGUGGGAGGCAGGUGGCUCUGGUUUUGCUGAUGUGGACCUGCUAUGGACGGUUUUUUAAACUGUUGCCUUAUCUCCCUCCUCCCUCUCCCACCCUGUCUGUUUGUCCUUCCCACCUCUGCCCACUCCCCUCCCUCCUGCCUUUCCCAUCCUGUCUGUGUGUCCUUCCCAUCCCUGCCCACUCCCCUCCCUCCUGCCUUUCCCAUCCUGUCUGUGUGUCCUUCCUACCCCUGCCCACUCCCCUCCCUCUUGCCACUUUGACCCUGAAAUUUGCACUAUGUCUUUGAGGGGAUUCACUGGGGCAGAGGAUGCUGAAUCUCUCUGUGGAUGGGGAUAGUGUUUACAGACACCCACUCACACAGUCACACGUAGGCACAGGCAUACAAGGAGAGGCGCCCCAGCACACAACUUCCACCUUCUGCAACUGUCUUCUCGUUGUAAGGGAUGGAUACAAAGGGACCAGCUCUCCCAGUUUAGGAAAAGCGACCACCCCUCCCCCAUCCCUGCUUCCUGCCCCAGAUUCCUACUUCCUCUCACGGGGCACCUGCCCCUCCUGCACACCUUUGCCUGGUGGUGAGCAGGGUUUUACUGUGAGGUGAACCCGGACUACUUCCUUUCUCUCUGGUUUGUGAUGAGCUUGUCUGUCUGAGUCUUGUGGCAACCCCUGGACCAGUAAUGGCUAAUGAAUCUUAGAAGUUUCUGAUUGAUCUUGGGGUCUCUCUGUGAUAUUUCUUUGUGCCAAAAAAAAAAAAAAAAAGACAAAAAAUGUGGAUCAGUUUGCUAAAUGAAAAUUGAAAUGCUUUAUUUGUGUUUUCUGUAAAUAAAAGUGUGCAGUACUGUCGGA